AUGGCCUCUUCCGAUCUGGACCAGCUCAUUGAAAUGGGCUUUGACAAGGAAAGAUCAGAAAUUGCAGUGAAGAAGGGCAACGGCAUUCAAGGUGCUCUCGAAUGGCUGGAAGCAAACCAGGAUAAGUCACUGGAGGAAAUUAAAGAAGAGGAGAGCGAGGAGGGCCCUGCACUUCAGCCGGGAGAGGAAGCUCGCAGCUUGGUGUGCAACGAGUGUGGCAAGAAGUUCCGGAGCCAUGCACAGGCGGAGUUUCACGCGUCUAAAUCCCAACACGUUGACUUCUCCGAAUCAACCGAAGAGCUUGCUCCUUUGACUGAAGACCAAAAGAAGGCAAGGCUCGAAGAGCUUAGACAGAAACUAGCGGAAAAGCGGGCGGGACAGUCAGAGCAGGACAAGAUUGACAAGAAGAGGAAUGAGGAAAUCCGCAGGAAGGCCACCAAGGACUCCCAGGACGUUAAAGAAGAACUCCAGCGAAAGCAAGCGCUGAAAGAAGCUGAACAGAAGAAGAAAGAGAAGCUAGCAGACAUCGAGGCCAAGAAACGCGUCAAGGCUAGGAUUGAAGCUGACAAGGAAGAGCGGCGCCUGCGGGCUGAACGAGAGAGGGCUGAACGUGCCGGUGUAGCACCCCCUGCUCAGCCUGCACCAGCCCCGGCGGCCACCACGUCUGGUCCCGUGGCCUCGAAGCCCGCUUCGGCCUAUACGGAAACCCGCUUGAGAUUCCAGACAUCGAAGGGAAAUAUCAUGAAGACUCUCCCAGUGACUACCACGCUCUUUGAGGUCGCUGCAGCUCUGCAGCGGGAGGACGGAAUAGAAGUACACAGCUUUGCGCAGAACUUUCCCCGGAAGGUCUUCGAUGCGGAGUAUUUCGGCGAGUCCCUGAAGGACCUGGGCCUGAUCCCUAGCGCAAGUCUUGUUGUCCAGUGAUUGCGCCUAUAUGGUGCUUUUUAGCGGAGCCAAUCUAGAGCUUAAAUGACGAUAUCCAACAAAUCACCAAAUAAGUGGUGAUGAGGUUCGUAAUGAUUUUGUUUGUGCCUUAAAAGCAAGGCUCGCAUGAAGAAUGUUAUAGAAUGCCAGCAUCGCAUUAGCACAGCACGGAAGCUGAGAAGUAACCGAAAUAAUCAU